ACGGGGAUAAUACUAGCAAGCAAAGCUUGGUGUGGCCUAUAAAUAAUAUGGGCCAUCAGCCAUGCCGUACGAGCGACCGUAUGUGGACGCUGCUAGAUUGCAGUUGUAGAAGGGGACCUGAUUUACCCACUUCGCUGUGGCCUCUAAAUGAGCCUGCAGGAGGUUGGCUAGCCGCUGCCUCCUCAUAAACGAAGAGGCGCUGCCAUUCUAGUCUAGCUUGAGGUGGCGACGGGCAUGGCCAUGCUGGCGGCGCUGGCGAUCCUCGUCCUCGUGCCGUCCGCGCGAGGGCUCAACCGCGCUGAGUUCCCGCCGGGGUUCCUCUUCGGCGUCGCCACGUCUGCUUACCAGAUUGAGGGCGCGUACCUGGAGGACGGCAAGGGCCUCAGCAACUGGGAUUUCUUCACCCACACACGCUGUUCUUCGUCACGUGCGUCACGUCGAUUGAGGAGCGGACCUCUAGGUCUUUCCACUUCUCCUCUGCCUUCAUCAGCUCAGCAAACUGAAGCUCUAGCUGCCCCAUCUCUUCACCAUGCUUUUCCUUUCACUUAA